ACUAUAUCUGUUAGGGAAAGGAGAACAAUACCGGUACUACUAUAUCUGUUAGGGACUGGAGUACAAUACCGGUACUCAUAUAUCUGGUAGGGACUGGAGUAUAAUACCGGUACUACUAUAUCUGGGAGGGAUAGGAGAACAAUACCGGUACUACUAUAUAUGUUAGGGAUAGGAGUACAAUACCGGCCGGUACAACUAUAUCUGGGAAGGACUGGAGUACAAUACCGGUACUACUAUAUCUGGGAGGGACUGGAGUAUAAAACCGGUGAUACUUUAUCUGGGAGGGACUGGAGUACAAUACCGGUACUACUAUACCUGUUAGGGAUAGGAGAACAAUACCGGUACUACUAUAUCUGUUAGGGAUAAGAGAACAAUACAAUUACAGAAACAUGAAGCAGACCUGUCAGAGUGCUGCGACUUGUACACAACUUGGUACAUCACUGCCAAAAAAGAUAUUCAUCUAAUGGAAAAUGAGUACACAUUGCAGCUGGCUGCCUCAGUGUUGACAUUUGCUUUCCAUGAGAAGACUGACAUCACAGCUCUUUUGGAAACUGUACGGCCUAUCCCAUUCAGCACAGCAGCAACACAACCAAUGCCAAUACCAAGAGAAAAUGUCCAUGUGGGGAAUGUUAGCUUGUCACCAAACGAUCUUCGAACUCUACGUCCCAUGGCAUGGCUAAAUGAUCAGGUGGUACAUGCAUACUUGGGCUUACUGAGUAAGGAGUGCAAUGACAGAAAUCCACGCACGUGCCACAUCUUGCCCAGCUUUCUUGCCUUAAAGUGGGAGACUGAGAAUUACCAAUCAUGGCUGUAUCCCAAAGUGCCUCUUGAGAACUUCUGUCAUGUUCUCUUGCCAAUCUGCCAUCAGCAACACUGGUUUUUACUUGUGGCAUCCAUGAUCACUGGAGAGGUCACCAUACUUGAUUCUGUUCCAAGUGAAUCCAGAGCAAGAACAUUUUUCCUUCAUUGGAUGAAAUUCAUGGAUGCUCGACUUUCCCUCUUGGACAACGAGAACCCCAUCAAGUGGACCAGAGGUCGGACACAAUCUUCUGUGCAAGAAGAUGGAAGCUCUUGUGGUGUAUUUGUACUGAUGGUUAGUAUUGGCAAUUCAUUUUUGAAUUUUAGAUGUAAUUAUACCACCAUAACAUAGUAUGUGUAAAAUACUUUGGCAUCAUGAAUUAGGGGCAGAAUGCAACUUGCAUUUUUAGGUCACCUGAGCUUAAGCUCAAGUGACCUAUUGCUAUCCGUCUUCGUCCGUCA